AUGCUCAUGUAUGCGCCCUUUGUCACGGACUACAUUUCCAAGAUUCAACAGUUCGCUCCCAGCAUCACUGUUUACCAAGAAGGUGUCAAGCCCUUGCUUUUCCAUGUGCUGCUGCUCGGUGUGAUGGCUCCGGUGCUCAGUGGGGUGUGGUGGGGGCCUGAGGCGGGAGUCCUGGGCUCUGGGGCAGUGGUGGCCAGUGGUGUGGGCGUGCUGGUGGGCAGUGAGCAGAUCGUCCUGGUCUGUGCCCUGAGUGCCCUGACAGUCCUUCUGCUCGUGUCUGUGCUGCUGCUGCUCUGUGCCAGCUGCCAGGGGCAGAAGACAUCACACACUUGCCAUCCUGUGGGGGACCAAGAGAACCUGGUCAAUGGAGCGGUGUCAGAGCGGGACACUAUCAGCCAAUCAGCCGACAGUCCAGCUACAGACUUGGGGGUCAGCAGCUCACACAAUGGACCUCUAACAAGCGGUACAAUUCUGACGGACACGCAGGAUCUCAGCCCCCAGCCUUCGGAGGAGCUUCUCUCCAGCCAAUCCGAGCUCAGGUCCUCCAAGUGUCCGCAGGACCGGGAGCUGCCCAGUAUCCCCCCCACCAGCACCAUGAUGGGGGCUCCAGGCUCCGGGGACAGCACCUAUGAGGUCGUCAAGGAGAUGGUCCCUGCAUCCAGAGACGUCAGUGUGGAGGACUCGCUUUACGAAACGGUCAAAGAACUCAAAGAACCUCCGCUUCAGCUGGGACUCACCAACGGUACGGCUCAUUUGACCAGGGACGAGGCUCCGCAACCCUCUCCCCCUGCCAGCCUGCUCCUCAACGGACACGCCAGCCCCUGCACGCCAGAGCGGGGGCCCCUGUGCACGGGGGUGGAGUAUGCCUCUGUGGACCUGAGGAAGAAGAGCCGCCACAGCGCAGACAUGGAGGCCAAGAGGCGCUCUGAGCAGCAUGUGACCCCUCCUGUCCGAAAAGAAGAGGAGGAUCUGCCCCCGCCAGUCCCAGAGAAGGUCCUGGAUGAGAACGAUAACCAGCCGCUAGUGGUCAACGGGCAACACAAUGGAGAGUUGCACUCCCCCGUGUCUCCUGCACCAGAGUUUGAAAACCACAUUCUGGCAGACAAUGAGUCUGCCGUGUACUCCACCGUUAACCAAUCAAACGGCUCCAUAAACGACGAUUACAAGGAGCACGACUACAGCAGCAUCGCCGAAAUCAAAGGCCUCGUGCCCGCUUCGUCCUCCUGUGAUCUGUACGCCACCGUCAACGACUUGCUGCCCCACCAGAACCGCUUUGAGGAAGACCCGGUUUUGGACUGCCACGACCCAGGCUACGAGACCAUCCGCAUCCCAAAGACUGGAGGCUGCGAGCACGGGGGCAACAUGGGAGCGGAGGGGUCGGGAGGAGCCAAGCCGGAGCCCGACUACGAGAGCCUGGCAGAGCUGGGGUUGAGCAGAGACAUGUCACGACUUUGA